AUGGGUCCCUGUACGGCCUCCCAUUGCUGCUGUCUCCAUCGCCACACUCUGCCAUGUGCCACUUUCAGGUCUCCUCACACUGCUGGUGUGUUCCAUUUUGUCAUAGGGUUGCUGUAUGGCCUCCCAUUGCUGCUGCCUCCACCGCCACACUGUGGAUCCAAACACUGGUUUUGGCCCCGUGACUGGCCAAAUGAGUGAAGUGUGCGGUGAUUCUAAGAUCGACGGCACGCAUCAUCUGCAUGUCAUACUGACAGACAGUAUUAUUUCUCUUCCCCAGCAGACUCCAAGGGCAUUUAAAUUAAAGGUACAGUGUUCUGCACUAAUAUUA